AUGGAUGUAUGGGGGAAAAAAGAAACUCCUCUCAAGAAAUGGAGUUCUAAUUAUCAGGACUUCAGUUUACUAUGGGAGGAUCUGAUUGACAAAUUGGAUACUGAGUUUGUGGAUUAUGUGGCUACCAUACUACAUAAGCUCUGGUCUAGAAGAAAUAGUUUUGUGUUUCAUAAUAAAUUUCUUAGUCCUCUGGUUUUAAUUCGAACAGCAGUGGAUGAUAUUGAUGUUUGUAAAGAAAUACAUUUGAAUUUAUCGGUCGAAGCAAGUAAUAUUUCAAUGCAGACUUCUAAUAUUCAGUGGAGGCCUCAAUCUGAUCCUUUCUUUAAGCUAAAUUUCGAUGCAGCCUAUGACUCUGAAAAGAGAAUGAUGGGUAUUGGUAUUGUGGUUAGAAAUAGCAGGAGUGAGACGAUGAUUGUAAUUUCUACACCAAGAAAUUAUGUUAGUUAUAUGUUUUCUAUAGAAUGUUAUGCUUUGUUAAGAAGUCUGAAUCUGGAUCAAGAAUUGGGUUUACAACAGGUGAUUAUCGAGGGUGAUGCUAAGACAGUUAUAGAAGGUUUUAUAGGGAUUAAUUCUAAUUGUUCUUCACAAGGACAGUUGCUGGAUGAUAUUCAACACCUAAUGUUGGGACAUGCUGAUUGGAAGUUAAAUUUUGUCAAGAGAAGUGGUAAUAAGGCUGCUCACAUUGCUACAAAGUUAGGCAUGUAUUUAGAAAGUGAGGCUGUGUGGAUUGAAGAUGGCCCUCCAGAGGUUAUGUCAGCUAUUUUAAUUGAGAAACAAUGUACUGAGGUUUUGAGUUAA